AUGGAUAAGCAUCCAAUCGAUCUAAAUUAUUCACCAAUUGAUUCAAUUUUGGAGUGGAACUUGGCUGUUGACACCGUGGAACAUGGAAUUCCAAAUUCUCCAAUUUUUGGACAGAUUAAGGCAUUGGGAACACUACCAAUGGAUCCAGAAGCAUUGAAAGCCCUUGGGGUGAUCUCCAUCCCCUCCAAUUCUUUCGAUGGCCACACAGUUCCAAAUCGAGGCACCGGAUGUUCCAUUCCCAAUAAUAUAUUGCUGGUUAAUGCUACUAAAGUAAAAAGGGCUUAUCAUAUUUACGCGAAAAGUGCUAAAACGCUUUUACGCUAUCGCGAAAGACGUUAUAAGGCUCGCUGCAAUCUUCAAUGCCACUGUCCAAUGGCCGCACCACCUGACCUGGAAGAGUACUCCGCCGCAGCAACCCUCAUCCCCUUCAGCCGUCCAGUUCCCCUUCUCCGUCGACCCAUCAAAGCCGGCCCCGCUGAUGACCCAUCAUCUGGUCCAUAUCUCCUCGCAUUCGAGAAUCCCCAGUCCUGGGCCGUCGCGUACAAGGCCUGCGAGGCUCAAAUAAUCGAACAAUGCGAAUCGGGUGCCCGCAUCGGGUGCUCCAUUUCCGCUUCCAGCAAAUGCAAACCCCCCUGGUGGAAAGAGAUUCUAGGCCUAGCUAAACAGGACUUUAGUGAAAGAGCAAAAUGCGAGGAGCUCGAAAUGGAAGCGUGUUUUGAAGCUGCAAAAGCGAAGUGCGGUGAAUUCGCGAAACAGAAGUGUUUGCCAGUGUUUAAAAAUGCUAGGAUUAAAGUGAAUGGGUGGAAUUCUAAAGAGCUGGAUUGGAAAGAGGUUUCAAAUUUGAUUUCUGGGGUGUGUUUUGUGAAUAAUGAAAGUUUUGGGGUUGGGUUUCUUGGAUUUGACAAGUCUUGGGGUGAAUUUAGAUGUAAAUUCGAGGUGACUAAUAUUAAAGGGAGUGAUUUACUGGGUUCUAAUGACCCGGGCAUUGAUGAUUAUUUGAUAAAUUGUAGUGGAAAAAGGUAA